AACUGAUAAGGAACUAUUGACUUUGUAUUUUGAGUCAAAAGUUGCAAGAUUUGUGAAUUAACUACUGUAACUGCAAGGAGACAGAAAGUAGCAGGAUGUCAGUCAUUUUCAAUAGAAACCUGCAACACAAGACACUGUGGUUUCUGCCUACACAGGAUCCUGUGACUGUUUUGUAAACCAGAAGACGAACCUUAAGUGGAGUGGUUCAUCUUCAUAAUAGAUUAUCUUUGGUGCAUCAGUAUAUAUAUAUAAAAGCCAACUGCAGUGAAAAAGCCAUACUGAUUUCUGUCUGUUGUACAUUCAUAAUCCAUGUUCUGAUACUGGAGGUGUUUUCAGUGACUGGACUUGUUUUGUUUUUCUUUGUCAAAUCCUAUUUUAUCCUAAUUAUUUCUUUGUGAAGGGUUCAACAAUGUCUCAUGAGUAAGUUCUAUCAUCACAAAAUUUAAGAGUUUGCUGUUUCUAAUUGUUUAUCAGACAACAUUUUAUGUUCAAAUAUUUAACUGUGUCUCCUGUUUGCUUGUUUCUGCGGUCCAAAAAAUUCCAUAUGGACAAAACAAUAGCUAUACGCCAGCACCCAUGGCCCCCAGGGCUGAGAUAAAGCCCAAAUCCAAGAUUUCAGCCUCCCGAAAGCUAUCACUGAAGAUUCUCUUGCUCACUCAUGCAACGGAGCAACUGGAGGCAGAGAAAGCUGCAAAGGAGGAAGAGAAGGUUCGCUACCUGGGAGAAAAGCUUAAACCACUGCAGCUCACUGGUCUAAACACAGAGGAAAUGCAGAAACUUUGUAAGCAGAUCCAUGCAAUGAUUGAUCAGGCGGAUGAGGAGCGAUAUGACUGUGAGGCCAAAGUCAUCAAUAACAGCAAAGAUAUCAAUCAAUUGAAACUAAAAGUGCAGGACCUCGGAGGGAAGUUCAAGAAGCCGGCCCUGAGGAAGGUAAGAGUGUCAGCAGAUGAGAUGUUGAAAGCUCUCUUUGGAUCCAAAAAUAAGGGCUCCAUGGACCUGAGGGCAAAUCUAAAAUCUGUGAAGAAAGAGGACAUCAAACAAGAGAAGGAGCUGACCAUGGAGGUGGGUGACUGGCGUAAGAAUGUGGAGGCCAUGUCUGGCAUGGAAGGCAGGAAGAAGAUGUUUGAUGCUGCUGGUGGCGCUCAAUAGAAAAGUCAGUCAUACUGCACAAUGUUAGAGAGUGAUACUGAAACUGAAGAAUACAUA